AUCCUCUUCUUUUAAUUCCAGAAUACAAAGAUUUAGCAGGACAUUGAAUUCGUCUCAUAGUCAGUGUCAUUUGGCUUUGAUCGACAUGAAGGAUUUUGAGCCCAGGGAUGUCAGUGUGGAGGUGAAGGAUGGGAAGGUGACGGUGUUAGCAGAGCACAGGGAGGAGCGCAACACCCCAGUAUUAAAGACAUGUAACUACAGAAAAUUCAUGAAGGAGUUCAACCUGCCACCAGGGGUGAGCGACGACGAGGUGACCUACUCUCUGGAAUCCAACAGCGUCAUGAAGAUUGAAACGGCACCCAAGGGCUGCCCUCAGCUCCAGGACUACUGAGCUGAACCCAGGCACAGUCAUUCCUCUGCCACAUCCCUUCUACCCACCAGCUUUAAGUCUGUCCUGCUAACUGUGUGCUAACAACUUCUCUCACCUCUUCCAAAAAAGAAGACAGCACUCUGAGCAGAUGUGUGUGAGCCUCAUUUGAAGGGG